AUGGUUAGAACGAGGAAUCAAAGGCAAGGAAGAAUACCUCGGAAAGGAGCCACUUCUCAGUACGCCGGCAAAGGUGCUCCAUCGGACCCGGUAUGCCUAGAAGAGGAGGACACCACCACCAUCAUGGACCCAGUUCCCAUCUCACAAGUCCCGUUCAGUGAAAUCCAAAACCCUAAUCCAGGUAUUUUUACAGUUGAUUUGCACGGAGAUCUUACAAUCUCCCCAUCUGUUGAAGUUGAAUUAAGGAAAAAUGCUAUCUCCACCCAAGAAGAAGAAGAAGAACCCACUAUAGACCCUCCACCUCCAGCAUCUCUGUCCGACAAAGAACAGAGGAAAAAGAAGAGGGCUGACCCCUAUGAAGGGGCAGACCCCAGAGCAAAACUACCUAGCGACUUCCCAAUUUCUGCUAGACCUCCCCGAAGAACUCCCAGUAUUCCUCCCCCAAGGCAGAAUAAUGCAAAGAAGCAAAAAAGAAAAAUUAUAGAAGAAGAACAAGAUUGGACCCCUGAUAGUGUAAGAGAAGAAACGGAAUGUGGGGAAGAAAACGCAGAAAAGAAGAAAAAGAAAUUGACAGCUAAGGAUAAAGGGAAACAAAAGGUGGUUAGUGAUGCUGACCUGUCAAAACUGCCAAAACCCUAUAGUUCAAAAUUCCUGACCAAAGAAAAUGCCAAAAGAUGGAACAAAUUUUUGGACAAAAAGGUCAUCAGUCAAAAACUCUUAGUUCUAGACAAGCUGGAAAAUAGUGAACAAAUCACUGAGGCUAUAACAAAAACCCACCUCUUAGGAUCAGUCAUCAAUAUAGAUCCCUAUGAUGAACAGGUUGUAAAAGAAUUUUACUGCAAUCUCACCAAAGGCUCAACAUCUCCCAACAACCUUAUGUAUGAAAAGGCUUAUCUGAGGGGAAAAUUUUAUGACUUCAACCCAGAAAUCAUCAAUGCUCAACUUGGAACACCAAAUGAAGAACAAAAAAUUCAAAUAGAGAAUGAACAGAUCAUCCAAGAACUUACAGCCGGGAAUGCAAGUUUUGAUAAAAACAAAGUCAAAGCAGCCUCAUUAACAAGCAAGUAUGCUAUACUACAGAAAAUUGCACUUGUUAAUUGGAUGCCCUCACUACACGAAUCUACAAUCAAAAGAAGUUUGGCAGAACUACUGUACAAAAUAGGAAAGGGAAUCCAGGUAAAUCUUGGAGAUAUUAUGUACUCACAGAUCACAAAACUGGCAGAAGGUAGUGAGACAAAGGCUUUGCUCAUCUUUCCAAAUCUGAUCCAUGCCAUUCUAGUCAAACAAGGACUGAAAACACAAGGACCAAAAACACUGGUCAAGACCAUAAACACAACUACGAAACUGAAAAAGGGGAGUCAUCAAAAUGAUCUCAAAACAUCUUCUCCAACUGAUGACCCAACUAAUCGUCAAACCUUGGUCAAGUAUUUUGAGAAAAGAUUAAGAGAAUUGAAUGACACAGAAAAACAAUUAUUACAAAAACACAUGGAAAUCAAAGAAGGAAAAUCUGAAGUUCAACAAUGGUUGGAAGCUCUAAAAACCGAAAGCAAUGCAGAAAGCAGCUCUAAGGUGGAGUAUCUCCCAGGGUUUCGACAUGAAGGGCGUCUUUCAUUUGAACUUGAAACCGGGUACAUCUCUGAUCUUAUCACAUUGAAGGAGUUUUAA